UCUGCAGCACCAUCCAAGGAAGCAGCUUUAACAGCCAUCCAAGGAGUGGCCAGUGGAGUUAUCACUAGGCUGUAAUGUAAACACUGCAUUUUCUCUAAAAACAAACAAACAUUGUUUUCAUCAAAAACCCUGAAGAUGAUAAUUCUAUUUACCAGAACAAAUACAAUGAGCUGUAGUUGUUCUGGUGACUAUAGUGUCCCCUUAACUAUGAAAGGUACAUUUAGUUUGAUACAUCCUAAAGUCUAAAUGCUAUUUUUAACCAACUUAAAGCGGCACUGUCAUGCCGAACUUACCUUUCCUCUAUUCCUCUUCUCCCCCUCUUUCAGGAUCUGUUCUUCUUUUCUUCCUGUCUUCUUUAGUUUUCUUUAAAAUCAUAAGACAAAGUAGGGACUCUUUGCCUUAUGGAGGUUUCCUCCGCUUUACCAGCUUUGACCAGCGGAGGAGCAAAGUGUGCUUCAUUUCCGCUGGUCAGAGCAAUUUUCCCACAAUUCUUACCUUUCCUCUGUGAGCUCGUGAUGCUUCCUGUCAUUUUACACGAAACUGACGAAUUGCGUUCUAACUGAAUGAGAACAGUUUGUUCGUUUGUUUUAGGUGGGGGCCAUAAAUUACAAUGGGGGAACCUACUGUCUUCCCGGCCCCCACCCUUGAGCGGUGGGUGGGGGCCAUAAAUUACAAUGGGGGGACCUACUGGGGGGCUUAGGAAGUGGUGGGGAGCACAGCUCCCUGCCGCUUCUAUCUUUACAUAUUACAAGGAGGGAGCUGCGUGCCGGUAGCUCCCUCCUUCUAAUCAACUGCACGAACACUGAUAUUCAGUGUUUGUUUGUUCGUCUGAUUUUCCUAUUCAUUCAUUCGUCUUUCUGACAAAUGAAUGAAUAGAUGAAAUUCCCGUUCGCAUGCCCAAGUGUUUAACUGGGCAUGUGCUUGAAUCUCACAGGCUAUCUAGUGUGGGCAGAUGACGUGUCCCACAGGGACUUCCUCUACCCACACAAAGAUGGCGGUGCCCUGAAUAUAGAUCGGGGCAGAAAAUAGAGAUUAAAAAAUAGGUAAUCUGGGGGGUUUAGGGGCAUUUGGGGGUGACUAGGGGGUCAGUUAGAUGUAGUGGAGUCGGGAGGGGGGUUAAAAAAAAAAAACAGAAUUCUGCCAUGAUAGUGCCGCUUUAGUGAUACUAAUUCUAUCAACUUCAAAUGGAUUUAAAGGCUUAGCAGAUCUUUCCAAAGAUCGAACUUGUGACUCUGAGGCUGAUCCAAGCAAAACUCAAGGUUGCUACCUUAAUGGCCAAAACCAAAAAUCAUUCUGUUUAUAUUGAUUACAGAGUUUUUACUAAUGGGAAUUUGCCCUGGACUGCUAUUGUAGCAAAUAUCAAAUACACGAAUAAGGGAAAGAAUUGCUUUGGUAAAAAAAAUAAAAAUAAAAAAUAAAAUUGGAUGCAUCUCUGCUUGAUCAAAUAGAGGCAAUUGGCAAUUUCAAAAAAGCAUAAAUUAGGUUAAAUUUAGAAUGAUGUUCCUUAUGAUUUUGCUGACAGUCCUGUAGUACUCUUUCAUCACAUAAACAAGAUAUUGCUUAGCUUGUUCUACCUUCACUAAAAUGAGAUUGUUUUAAAGGGACACUCCACUGUCAAAAUAAAAAAAUACAAAUCACUCUUUAGUAGAUAUACCUCUAAUGAAAACAUGUAUUUCUAUACCCCUAAUGAAGCAUGUAUUUUUUUCGUUGGGGAUGUAUAAAAAAAACAGCUUGCAAAAGCUCCAGAUGUCUUGUAUGAAGUUUAUGCAAGUCAUCUCCUAACACUGUCCAGAUGUUCUGCGAUUUUUGAAUUACAGACUUACCAAUGCAGCUCACUGAGAAGUCUUUGCAAGGCAGGUGCUGGGAGCAAUUGCUGUCUCUUGAGAUUAGCUCCAGUGAGCUAAACAAGCCACAAAGAAACAGGACUAUUUGAUUGACAGGCAGGGGAAAUAACAAGGUUCAUUUUUAAAAGUGCCAAUUUCUAUUGAAGUCUGCACAUUUUGUAAAAUGAAAAAUAGAGGACCCACUCUUCACAAAUAAAGCUGCAGUGCCUUGUGUUCUGGAGUGUCCCUUUAAUGAUUUAGGGCCACAGGACCAUGAAAAGUAUAUAUAUGAUAGGUGCUUGUGCUGAUAAAAUGCAGCAAAUAAAUGACAGUUUUCGUUUAUAGCAAUGUGCCUUUAUUCUAGCAACCACGGAUUGACCUAGAGCAGGGGUUCCCAAUUAAUUUUUCCUGUGGAAUCCUUUGACAUAGUAUAUCAACAAUCAAAGCUUUUUUUUGUAUGUGCACAGUGUGUAUCUGUGUGUGUGUAUGUAUCUGUGUGUCAAGGUGUGUGUAUCUAUGUUUCAAAGUGUAUCUAUGUUUGUAUAUAGUAGUCCCAGAAGAUUGGAAGUUAGCGGAUGUUGUGCCCAUUUACAAGAAAGGUAAUAGGGAGGAGUCGGGCAACUAUAGGCCAGUAAGCCUUACUUCAGUAGUGGGGAAAGUGAUGGAAACCAUGUUAAAGGAUAGGAUUGAUGAACAUCUAAAAACACAUGGAUUUCAAGAUCAGAGACAACAUGGGUUUACUUCAGGGAGAUCAUGCCAAACUAAUCUUAUUGAUUUUUUUGAUUGGGUAACUAAAAUUAUAGAUCAGGGUGGUGCAGUAGACAUUGCUUACCUAGAUUUCAGUAAGGCUUUUGACACUGUUGCACAUAGAAGGCUUAUCAAUAAACUGCAAUCUUUGUUAAUGGAAUAUAUUCGAAGCUUGGACUUGUCACCAGUGGGGUACCUCAGGGAUCUGUACUUGGACCCAUUCUCUUUAAUAUUUUUAUUAGUGAUAUUGCAGAAGGUCUUGAUGGUAAGGUAUGUCUUUUUGCUGAUGAUACUAAGAUAUGUAACAGGGUUGAUGUUCCAGGAGGGAUAAGCCAAAUGGCAAAUGAUUUAGGUAAACUAGAAAAAUGGUCAGAAUUGUGGCAACUGACAUUUAAUGUGGAUAAGUGCAAGAUAAUGCAUCUUGGACGUAAAAACCCAAGGGCAGAGUACAGAAUAUUUGAUAGAGUCCUAACCUCAACAUAUGAGGAAAGGGAUUUAGGGGUGAUUAUUUCUGAUGACUUAAAGGUAGGCAGACAAUGUAAUAGAGCAGCAGAAAAUGCUAGCAGAAUGCUUGGUUGUAUAGGGAGAGGUAUUAGCAGUAGAAAGAGGGAAGUGCUCAUGCCAUUGUACAGAACACUGGUGAGACCUCACUUGGAGUAUUGUACACAGUACUGGAGACCGUAUCUUCAGAAGGAUAUUGAUACCUUAGAGAGGGUUCAGAGAAGGGCUACUAAACUGGUUCAUGGAUUGCGGGAUAAAACUUACCAGGAAAGGUUAAAGGAUCUUAACAUGUAUAGCUUGGAGGAAAGACGAGACAGGGGGGAUAUGAUAGAAACAUUUAAAUAUAUAAAGGGAAUCAACACAGUAAAGGAGGAGACUAUAUUUAAAAGAAGAAAAACUACCACAACAAGAGGACAUAGUCUUAAAUUAGAGUGACAAAGGUUUAAAAAUAAUAUCAGGAAGUAUUACUUUACUGAGAGGGUAGUGGAUGCAUGGAAUAGCCUUCCAGCUGAAGUGGUAGAGGUUAACACAGUAAAGGAGUUUAAGCAUGCGUGGGAUAGGCAUAAGGCUAUCCUAACUAUAAGAUAAGACUAGGGACUAAUGAAAGUAUUUAGAAAAUUGGAAAUUGAAAAGAAAAAUAGGAACAAGGGUAUAAGAUCGGGUUGCUAAUAAAGCAUGGGGGGUAACCCCUAGUAACAAAACUAGAAAAGAGAACAAAACACUGGCUCUGAAGCCAGUGUGGCGAAACGCGCGUCGGGAUUAGUGUAGUGAGCGGGUGGUUGGAGCCAGACUAGGGCCUAUGCUGCAGCAAUUGAAAUAUUAUGCUCCGUUUAGACUACCCUCUCCAUAUUUCUAGCUAUUAGACUAUUACUUUUAUUUGGCGAUCCUCCAGUUGAGGCUACUUUGUUAUAUGUAGAUAGCUAUUGCAGGCUUUAGACUAUUGAGGGAAAUGAGUAAUAGGAUUAGGUUGCUCACAGAGAGAUAGAUUUCACUAUUGUUACAUUUGGAUUCAGUUUGAUCCACUAAGAAUCCUUUUUGUCUCUGUGCUACCAUUUAGCUUCGAGCUCUCUUUCUCUCCUCUUUUGAUUUACUAUCUAUUAUUAGGGAUUUGUUUUUUCUCAAUACUUAGCUAUUUAUUUUAGAUGGUAUUCUAUUAAAAGUUAUAUUUUAUAUAUUUUCUUAUGGGUUGCUUUACAUAUGUAGGGAACCUUUGGGACUGAUUGAUUGAUUUAACCCUUAGGUGUCUCUACAUCUGUUUUGUUCUCUUUUCUAUUUAGAAAAUUGGGCAGACUAGAUGGGCCGAAUGGUUCUUAUCUGCCGUCACAUUCUAUGUUUCUAUGUGCCUUUGUGUGUAAAGGUGUAUAUAUCUGUGUUUUGUAUGCGUCUAUGUGUGUGUGUGUGUGUGUGUGUGUGUGUGUGUAUAUAUAUAUAUAUAAUCUCUGACACACAGAUACACACUGACACACACACCUUGACUCACAAAUACACACACACACACACUCUUGCACCCACAGAUACACACACACACUGACUUACAUACAAACACACUGGCACAUACACACAGUGACACACAAAGACACACAUACUCACUGACAAACACAUACACUCUUACACACUCACUGACAAGCACACAUUCACUCUCACUGACAAACACACAUAUACUCUUUGAGCUUGCUGUCCCUGGGGUUCAGUAGGGCGGCUGGCGUGCGGGCGGCAAGGGAGCAGUGAUCACCUUGUGCGCCUCUCAGUGAUGUUGUAGCCGGAUUGACGUCAUAUUCUGGCUCCAGCAUCACUGCUGUGCGCUCGAGGGAGCUGAGCAGGGAGAUCACUGCUUCCUCGCUGCCCGCGGCCAUUUUAUUUUUUAAACUUUUGGCGGAACACCAAUUGGGAAAUGCUGACUUAGAUCAUUGUCUUGUGACAAAGACGUGUUGGGACUUGAAACGCUUUCAGGUGAACCCUUAGUGGCUUAAAUAAAACCCCAUACUUUAUUUUAUGCAGGACUGGAUUAUGAUUGUAGUUGAGAUCUCUGCUGGAGACCUGUUUCCUUCUGGUCUGAAAGCUGGAAGCUCUCUGCCUAAACUAAACCCUACAGUAAAGGGCCAGCUCUUUAGUUAACAGUGUCGACUGAUCAUCCUCAGUCAAUGAGUUGGCCUUGCACUGCACAGUUUAAACGGACAGUUUAGACACCAUAACAACUUCCUCCUUACGUUAUAGUUAAGGUGUCAAGAGGUUUAAUCCCAAUGUGAACCUCCAGCGCCGAUCCACAGGUCCCCUAAACGGCAUCCGGCGUCUGAAAUCUUAGUUUCAGGAAGCGCAAAGUGCUGCUGGGAAGGGGCGCCGCAUUCAUAAAACUGGCUUGAAAAAGGUAUGUUUUUUUUUUCAAGCUGGGUUUAUGAAGGGGGAGUCACUGAUUGGCUGAGAGUGUCUCCAUACUUUCUGAAACUGAGAUUUCAGAACCCAGCUGACACACGGGAUCCUCAGGAUUGGAGGCUCACUUUGAGGUUAAACUGUUCGAGAAUGGUUUAACCCCGUAAGGGAAAAGUGUGCCGGGGACCUAAUGGCACCAUAUCAACUUCAUUUAGAUUAAGUUGUUAUGGUGCCCAGAGGGCCCCUUUAACUUAGGGCAGCUAGCUUCUGGCUCUCGAGCUGAAGAGAAGAGGUGGAAAAGGCACCCAGUGGACAACACUCCUGGCACGAUAAUCACCACAUUCCAUUGUAGUAGUUAUGGUGCAUAAAGUGUAUGAUGGGCAUCAGUUACUAAUCUCAGCAUCCUAGCAAGUGAAAAAAAACAAUGUCUUCUACUAUUUGUUAUGUUUAGAGUCUGUUAAUUUAAUGUGCUUCUGAUCUGAAAAUAAUUUCUUUGUUCCUUUAACAACUAUAAAGCUUUAGUUCCUACACAUACAGAAAAUAAGCCAUACAAAAAAAAAAAAAAAAAUCUCUUAUUUUAGUUUUUCUGCAGAGUUUCUUGUUUUCAUAAUUUGAAUGCAGAUCUUCAUUCUGAAGUACCCAACAGACAUUUUGGUAAUAAUCAUAGCAAACACGCUGCAACAGUAUGCUGAUGCAUUGGAUUCUUUCAUUUUUUAUUUUAUUACAAAUUAUCAUCAAGUUGCAAAACUGCUCUUUAUGUAUUGAUUGAGUUAUUUCAAGUUCAGGGAUGGUAGCUAAAGUAAUUUUGUCAUCGUGGAUAUGUAUUUUCUGCAGACAAUUCCUGGCAGUACUCCGCAUUUCCUACAGAUAAGCGAGGUUUAGUUAGACUUCACCUUUAAUAAACAGGCAUUAUUUAAAAGGAAACUCCAAGCACCAUACCACAAUAGCUGACUGUGGUAGUUAUGGUGCCAGGAGUACCGUGAUGUUCCCCUUUUUUAAGUAGUCAAACCAUUUUAGAAAGGUUGAAUUUCUUACCAGGGAUUCCCCUUACACUGCUCCCAAUCUCCACUACUUCUUAUGGAGAGCUAGAAGCACCUAAGCAAGAUAGGGUUGCUCAUUGGCUAAGAGCUUCAGCUAAUUGCUCUCAGCAAAUGAACUAAGCCCUGCACUGCUGGGCUUACAGCUCACAUGUAAAGCUUCUGGCUCUCCAUAGUGAAAAGUGGAUGAGAAGCUUGACGCUCCUUGGCCUCUAGAACAACUUAACUACUUACAAUGGCACCAUAACCACUAAAGAGCACUGUAGAGACUAUGGUGCUUGGAACAUUUCUUUAACAUGAUUCCUCAGGUACAAGACACAUCUUUUUAUUUUCAAAGGUAGCUAUUUUAUUUUUAAAAUAUUAUUGUUACUUCAGUACUGCAUUCCCUGCCUAAUAUCCAUAGCACAAGUGUCCUAGGAAAAUCAGUUUAUAUAUUAUUUAAUAUAACCAUGCGUACGCAAGUUUGGAAAUUAUAUUGUGCAUUCUUCCCAGUCCUUGUUCAGUCCUUGUUCAUGAAUUAGAUUUUAUAUCCUGUCAAAAGCAAGGACAAAACAAUUGCAACGCCUGUGUUUUGAUUUGAAAACACGUUUAUUUGCUUGCUUGGUUUAUGUACUGUACUUGAUAACAUUCAGUAACACAUGGGGAGUGAAGAUUAACUUGUAUACUGCUUUUUUUUAACCUGUUAUUGAUUUUAAUCCAAAUUUGAUUUGCACAGGUCAGCUGUUUUUCUAUUUUAUGGACAGCGCUAACUCUCUUUUAUUUAUUUAUUUAUCUAUUUGUAGAGUGGUUGUCUGUGCAAGAUACGCCUAUAAACCCAGUAUACUUAUUAAUUAAUUAAAUUUAUUUCUUAUAUUAUUCUUUUUACAAAGUCUUUAAUGUAUAUGCUAUCACUGAUAGGAAUCUAAAUUAGCCUGAUACCCUCUUUAGGGCAUGUGCGGUUACUUACUCAUUGCGCAACAAUGAAUGUGUAAGCAUAGCACAAAUAAAUAUAUAUUAUAUGUUACAUUACACCAGGAUUUACAUUUUGUUUUAAAAACAGUUGACAAGUGAACGCACUUAGACAUUAACCCACUUGUUCCAAGGUCUGUAUACAGACUACAAGUGUCAAAAUUCAGGUGGCAUAAUUCUUGCUAAGCAUAAGUUAUGAAGACUUCUUUUAGUUCCCUUUGGAAAAGGUGUUUUCCCCCCAAGAUUUUCUAGUCACGGUUGCUCAGGAUCUGUAGUUAUGCGAGUAAACCAUUGGGUUCAGCCCUGAAAGCCAUUCCCCGAAGUGACCAAUUAGGAUGCAUAUAUAGUUUUCUAUGACACUUUCUAAAGUGGCUCUAUCCGAUUAAUCCCAGUAUGGCUUUUUGGAGAGAGCAGAGGUUUCUGAAAGUUCUCAAUGAGAAAUGGGAAAGAGGUGAGGGCCUACAAAGACUGCAGACAGCAGAUAUCUUUUGUGAGCUGUUUUUCACAUACCCACAAAGAAAACAAAACAUGGAUUAAAAAUACAUGCAUGUCUUUUAUUUGGUGGUAUAUCUACUAAAUAGUUAAAACAUGUAAAUGGAGUGUUCUUUUACUGGAAAUGUUGCCUAAGCUGAUAAAAGUGGGUGUCGGCUUCAUUCACAUUUUAGGCUUCAGGCACCCCCUCCCAACAGUCCCAACACAGGCCCACUUUAAUAGAUCUAUCAAUUUUCUGGGUGGCCCAUCACGCACGAACCCAUUAAAGAUAUCGUUAUUGACGUGACUCUCAGAUCUCCCACCUGUUCUGACCUGUAUACCUGCCAUGUUGGAAAGUAUGUGGUGUGUAUAUAUAGAUGAUGUUCCAGCAUGUUGGUGUAGAUAGCAAUUUCUAUACCACAUAAUACAUGUACUUGUGAUAUCUGCCAGGGACGGUGUGAAUUUAUAGCUACAAUCAUUUUUGUAUAUCAAUGCAGUUCUAAGACAAUGCAUUCACGAAGACUGUAAGGUACAUCCUUCCACCAUAUAUGACAGGACAUUCUUUUCAAGGCCAAAGAAGUGAAAUGUCCUUCACUGGCCAAGUCACUCACCAAGUACAAAUACAUUUGAGCAUGCAUUUUAUUCACUUCUUUAAAAACAUUGGAGCGAUGCCCUUAAACAACCAGAAACUGCAAGUUGUUGAAGUUCAGGCCUGGCAGAGCAUUAACAAGAAAGAUACCCAACUUACGGUGGUGUCUAUUACUCUUUAAGAUGUUGACAAAUGCAAAGAAGUCACAGCCAAGUUAUAAAUAUAACUAUCAUAAUUCCUCUCAAAUAGAUGAACUAAGUACAUAAAGUUGUAGAAUCACUGCAUGGACAGUUUAUGGUGUUUGAAUAUAAAUACCAUUAAAUUAAAGCAAUUAAAGCACUUUCAAAGAGCUGCUGUACAACAAAAUUAUGAUAAAUUAGCUUAAGAUUUCUUUUAGAUCACAAAUUAUUAUUAAAUUAUCAAACCAAACACUGUGAUAGAAGUCACUAUCUCAGAAUAACUGCUGAAACUUUAAGGAUUCUUCAGCAUGGCAUAUUGCAUGGUUUGUUUUAGGGAUCGACCUAUUAUCGGUCUGGCCGAUAUUCAGUAUUUUUGGCAAUAUCGGUAUCGGCCUAUAGAGAUACCGAUAUUGCCGAUAAUACAGACCAGGACCGCCGGCCCCAUGACAAGCCUGGCUGUCCUGGAGGGCCCGCAGCAAGCUUUUACUUACCGCAAGAUUUAGACAGGGGAGCUGCUGUGAAGGUAAGUAAGAGCUUGCUGCACAGUCCAUGCCACUGGACCACCAGGGAAUACCAUAUCCCCCCUCUCUGGCCAAGUAAGAAGCAAGGGUGAGGGGGACUAAAAAAUAAAUAAAAAAAAUAUAUAAAAUAAUAAAAUUAAAAAUGCCCCACCAUUUUACACACAUUACAUACCUACACAAACACAGUACAUUCACUAUACACACACUACACAAACACACACACUUGGCAUUCAUUAUAUACACACACUCUGCAUUCAUUAUAUACACACACACUGCAUUCACUUUACGCACACUACACACACUGCAUUCACUUUACACACACACUGCAUUCACUUUACACACACCACACACUACAUUCACUAUACACAAACACACACAUUCUGCAUUCACUAUACACACUACACAAACACACUCUGCAUUCACUAUACACACUACACAAACACACUCUGCAUUCACUACACAAACACACACUGCAUUCACUAAUCAAAUACUCUCACUGCAUCCACUACACAAACAUAUAUUCUUGAAAACAUAAAAAAUUCUGACUGGCAUGUAUAUUUUGUGCAUUUACCUUAACCCCUUAAGGACGGAGCCAAAUGUACACGUUGUGAACGAAACAAAAUGUAAACAAAACCUGGCAUUUGCGCUACAUGUCUGUCCAACCGUAAUUCACCUCUUUCAUAUUAAAUGCACCCACCCUUAUUAUAUAUCAUUUUAUUCAGGGGAAACAGGGCUUUCAUUUAAUAUCAAAUAUUUAGCUAUGAAACAUAAUUUAAUAUGAAAAAAAUGGGAGAAAAUAAGAUUUUUUUGAUUUUUUUAGUUCUACAUGACAUUUUAACUGUCAAUGUCAUAAUACUGUUUGCUUUUACUGCAAUAAAAUACACAUAUUUGUAUUCAGUAAAGUCUCACGUGUAAGACAGUACCCCCUAUGUACAGGUUUUAUGGCGUUUUGGGAAGUUACAGGGUCAAAUAUAGCACGUUACAUUUGAAAUUGAAAUUCGCCAGAUUGGUUACGUUGCCUUUGGGACUUUAUAGUAGCCCAGGAAUUAAAUUUACACCCAUAAUGGCAUACCAUUUGCAAUAGUAGACAACCCAAGGUAUUGCAAAUGGGGUAUGUCCAGUCUUUUUUAGUAGCCAUUUGGUCACAAACACUGGCCAAAGUUAGCGUUAGUAUUUGUUUGUGUGUGAAAAAUGCAAAAAAUGCCAAUUUUGGCCAGUGUUUGUGACUAAGUGGCUACUAAAAAAGACUGGACAUACCCUGUUUGCAAUACCUUGGGUUGUCUACUAUUGCAAAUGGUAUGCCAUCAUAGGGGUAAUUUUCAUUCUUGGGCUACCAUAGGGUCUCAAAGGCAACGUAACCAAUCUGGCGAAUUUUAAUGUGAAAAAAAUGAAACGCAAGCCUUAUAUUUGACACUGUAACUUUUGAAAACACCAUAAAACCUGUACAUGAGGGGUACUGUUGUACUCGGGAGACUUCGCUGAACACAAAUAUUUGUGUUUCAAAACAGUAAAAAGUAUCACAGCAAUAAUAUCGUCCGUGUAAGUGCUGUUUGUGCAUGAAAAAGGCAAAAAUGUUUACUUUUACUGGCGAUAUCAUCGUUGUAAUACACUUUACUGUUUUGAAACACUAAUAUUUGUGUUCAGCGAAGUCUCCCGAGUAGAACAGUACCCCCCAUGUACAGGUUUUAUGGUGUCUUGGAAAGUUAUAGGGUUAAAUAUAGUGCUAGCAAAUUUAAUUCCCUUUAAUUUCAGCAUGGGUUGUCAGACAGGUCCCGCUAAUUGUAAUUAAUUAACAUACCUAAUUAUGUAAAAAUAUUACAUAAAUAUAUAUGUAGAAUGAAUAUAUGUAUGUGUGUGUGUAUAAUAUAUAUAUACACGUAUGUGAAUCUAUAUGUGUGUGUGUGUAUAUAUAUAUAUAUAUAAUUUUUUUAAUAUAUUUUUAUUUAUAUAUAGGUGUAUAUAUAUAGUGAUAUAUACGUAUAUAUUUAUGUAUAUAGAUGUAUAUAUUAUUUCGUUCUACGUGUAUUUUGAUAUAAAUAUAUAUAUUAAUAUCACAAUACAGUUAGAACAAAAUAACACACAUCUAUAUAUUUUUUUAAUUAUUUUUUUAAUUUUAUUUUUUAACGUAUUUACAUAUUUAAUUUUUUUAUAUUAUAUAUAAAUAUUAGUGAUGUCCCGAACGGUUCACCGCGGAUGGCGAAUAUAUGCGGUAAACUUUGACCCUGUACCUCACAGUCAUCAGACACAUUCCAACCAAUCAGCAGCAGACCCUCCCUCCCAGACCCUCCCACCUCCUGGACAGCUCACUAAGAAUGCAGCUUCACAAUGAAUGUAAAAUUCGUGCAACCGUUCAGGACAUCACUAAUAAAUAUAUAUAACAAUAAUUAUAUAUUUAAUCAGUAUCAGUCUACGUGUAAUUUGAUAUUAAUAUAAAUAUAUAUAUAUAUAUAUAUAAAUAGCGAAGGCUUGCACUCCUGGUGUAAUCCUGUGGUGCCCGGUGCUGGUCUGGCAAGGAUCAUGUAGACAUAGCAGAAAUGACCGCACUCCAAGGACUUUAUAGAGAUUUUCAAAUAAAAUUUAGCUUUUAUUCAAUCCAUUUAAAAAGUCAACGUUUCAGCUCCCACAUGGAGCUUUCAUCAGGACAAAACAUGAUAUAUAUAUAUAUUAAUAGUAAAAUACACCUAGACAGUGUAUGAGUGUGUAUAUAUAUAUAUGUGUAUAUAUAUGAUGUAAGUAUACAUUUUUUAUUUUUUUUUACACUUUUUAAUUUAUUUUAUUUUUAUUUCCAGCCAGCAGGGGGACCACCUAAUUACAGGCAGCCCCCCUGCUGGCAAUGCAGGAGGCAGCCUACCCGGCCAUGUGAUUGUGAGAUCCUCGCAAGGACCUCACUCUCACAUGGCCGGGGGGCACCGGAGGAGGAGGAUCUGCCGCAAGGGGGCUCCCUGGGAGUCCCCCCCACCACGCCGGCGACCGGGUAAGUAAUGAAAGACUGGAGGGCGUACAAUUACGCCGGGCGGCGUUUAGAGCCGCCUAAAAUAGGGCGUAAUUGUACGCCCUCCGGUCUUAAGGGGUUAAUAAAAAAAAGAUUUGCAAAAAUAUAAAUAAUAAACAUGUUCAGUUAACAGUAGAUUUGUGUAGAAAUAGCUGAUUUUUUUUCAAAAUGGUAAAUGUACAGAAUAUUGGAAAGUUAUCGGCUAUUGGCCUGAAGGUUCACCGAUUAUCUGUAUCGCCUCUAAAAAAUUAAUAUUGUUCGAUCCCUAGUUGUUUCUAGGAAGCAGGCUAACAUUAAAGGACCACUCUAGGCACCCAGACCACUUCAGCUUAAUGAAGUGGUCUGGGUGCCAGGUCCCUCUAGGAUUAACCCCUUUUUUUAUAAACAUAGCAUGUUUUUAUAAACAUAGCAUGUUUAUAAAUGGGUUAAUCCAGCCUCCAAAUCCUCUAGUGGCUGUCUCAUUGACAGCCGCUAGAGGCGCUUGCAUGCUUCUCACUGUGAAAAUCACAGUGAGAAGACGCAAGCGUCCAUAGGAAAGCAUUGUAAAUGCUUUCCUAUGAGACCAGCUGAAUGCGUGCGCGCAGCUCUUGCCGCACAUGUGCAUACAGCCGAAGAGGAGGAUCGGAGGCGGAGAGGAGAGCUCCCCGCCCGGCACUGGAAUAAAGGUAAGUUUAACCCCUUUCCUUGCCAUCCAGCCCGGCGGGAGGGGGUCCCUGAGGGUGGGGGCACGUGCCAGGAAAACAAGUAUGUUUUUCUGGCACUAUAGUGGUCCUUUAAAAGGGCUUGAUCAACAGAGUUGUGAAACUUAGUACAAAAUAUUAGAAUUUAGAAAAAAUAAACUACUCCAGGCAGUUUUUUUUUUUUUUGUCUUGAGCCUUGACCUUAAUUUAUUAACUAGCCUAGCUAGCUCAACACAGCUCGCUGUUUAAAGGACCACUCUAGGCACCCAGACCACUUCAGCUUAAUGAAGUGGUCUGGGUGCCAGGUCCUUCUAGGGUUAACCCAUUUUUUUAUUAACAUAGCAGUUUCAGAGAAACUGCUAUGUUUAUGAAUGGGUUAAGCCUUCCCCCUAAUCCUCUAGUGGCUGUCUCAUUGACAGCCGCUAGAGGCGCUUGCGUGCUUCUCACUGUGAUUUUCACAGUGAGAGCACGCAAGCGUCCAUAGGAAAGCAUUGUAAAUGCUUUCCUAUGCGACGGGCUGAAUGUGUGCGCAUUCAGCCGGCGGGGAGGAGAAGAGGAGGAUCGGAGGAGGAGAGCUCUCCGCCCAGCGCUGGCAAAAGGUAAGUUUUUAACCCUUUCCCCCUUCCAGAGCCUGGCGGGAGGGGGUCGGCACUAUAGUGCCAGGAAAACGAGUAUGUUUUCCUGGCACUAUAGUGGUCCUUUAAUGGAUACAAUCUGAUGAGUCUUAUAAUCGACCUUGAAACAAUGAAAUGGGCCUAAUAUAAGUAAUAUGUUCAUGACAUAUUGUGUAUUUAUAUUGUAAUUCUCAAAACAAUCUCUCUCAAUGCUUCUUGACGUAAGAAUUCUUAAUGGACUGGUACAAGCUGGAGUAGAAGUUCUAUAGCGAAUGCAUUAAGAACACAUUUUAAAUACCAGGUUUCUGGAUUUUUUUUUCCUCAGUUUCCGCCCUCCUAUUAAUAAUUUCAUUAUUGGUUUCAUGAAUUAAAGGACCACUAUAGUGCCAGGAAAACAAACUUGUUUUCCUGGCACUAUAGUGCCCUGAGGGUGCCCCUACCCUCAGUGUCCCACUCCCGCUGCGCUGAAGGGGGAGGAAGGGGGUUAAUCCCUUACCUUUUUUUCAGUGCCAGGCUCCCUCUGCGCUGGGACUCUCCUCCCUCUUCUGAUGUCAUUGGCUGGAUGCGCAUGCGCAGCAAGAGCCACGCGCGCAUUCAGCCAGUCCAUAGGAAAGCAUUCUUAAUGCUUUCCUAUGGACGCUGGCAUCUUCUCACUGUGAAAAUCACAGUGAGAAGCGCGGAAGCGCCUCUAGCGGCUGUCAAUGAGACAAGCCAUUAAAGGCUGGAUUAACCCCUAGGUAAACAUAGCAGUUUCUCUGAAAUGGUUAAUCCUAGAUGGACCUGGCACCCAGACCACUUCAUUAAGCUGAAGUGGUCUGGGAGCCUAUAGUGAUCCUUUAAGCUGUAGAUGUAAUGAUAAAUGCACCAGUUUAUGGCUCAUGUUAGAUGACGAGGAGACUGUAAUGAUCAGUGUUUAGUAAGAAAGUCACACUGUACUUUGAUUUACUGAAGAAAGGGGUGAGACAGAGUAGUUAUAACUAACUAGAGAAAGGGAGACAAGAAAAGUGGAUCUCCUUGUCCUGUAACCCAUGGAACGAGCAGAAUUUGCAAUGGUGCUUGGAGUGCUUCGUAAACAAAAUAAUGUUCAAACUGCAGUAUGUUCUUUAGAAUAAAAAAGCUGUGCAAUGGAGUAUUAUAUUCUUUUGGUUGAGUGCAUUAAUAAAAACUUUAGAAAGGUUUCUACUCUGAUGUUCCUGCAGAUUGUUUUCAUUAACUGUUUUUUAUCUGGAUUGUGUGAAAAGCUUAAGAACAUACAUGUGACUUUCCAUAGGAUUAUAUCAAGCGUCUGUUCGCUCUGACCUUGAGCAUGUCACUUUACUUUUGUGCCUCAUAAAUGUUGGCUGGCAAGAGUGAAAAUAUUCUCUUCUGUGAGUUGUAACAUUAAUAAUGUAUGUGCUAAGUAUCGAGGUUGCUGGCAUGACUUUGGAAACGUAAGUGGGUAACACUUGUUCUUUCUUUUCAGUGUCAAAGGUGCCCCAUAGAGAUGAUAGACACUGAAGGAUUUGGAAUGCCCGUCUCUUGCCAAAGCUAGGAAGUGCUUAGCGAAAAGAAGCAUUGCCAAAAGAAGCAUUAAGAAGUGAUUCAAGGUAUGUGUUCCUUUAACCCAUGGAUAACAUGACAGUUUGACCCUUAAAGACCAUGUGCAAUAUUUUACUACUUCACACACAUCAACAAAAGCUUCUGAUACCUUAAUAGAUUGUUAUAUAAACAAUCAAUAUCCUGGUACUUUUAUAUUUAAGGAUAUUAAUUGCAGUGGCAAAAGCAUUACCCAAACACCAAGAAAGGGAUGGGGAAAUCAUAGUUCAUUGAUUUCAUAGAGGCAGAGCAAACAUAGUUUCUUGGGAACAGAUAUCUGAGAGAACUGACACCCCUGCAUUGACUGGAGAAUGAUAUAGGGAAACUGCAGGCCUGACUUGCUGCGGAGUUUGUUUGCACAGACAAGUACAACUUGAUGCUGGCACCCCGUGAUACCAACUAGUUUAUACAUUUAGGGUUAUUCAUUGACAGGCCGUUUGUAAAAUUGGAGAUUAUAUGCAUUCACUCUAUUUUUGGUGUUGGUGUCCCAUGAUACCAAUUAGUUUAUACAUUCAGGGUUUUCCAUUGACAGACCAUAUUAAAAAUAGGAGAUUUUGUGCAUUUACUAUAUUUUCUAGGCCCAUAAUAUAAAGAUAAAGUUUUUGAAUCAUAAAAUUACCUCUCCCAAGCUAAAACGUGGAAUUUAGUCACAACUUACAUACAUACUGCAUUACUUCUACCUUAAACUGCUCCAAGAGACUUUCCUCUAAUGUAUAUAACACAAGUCUGUAAUGCUUGGGGCCCUGUGUGGAGAGGUGGCUUGUUUAAUCCAAAGAGUCUGGUCAGGGCAGCAUGUAUGAAGAGAGACAAAUAGGAGUUUGUAGGUGGAGGCCACACCUAAAAAAUGCAUUUCUUAAUAUUGGUACUGCUGAAAUUACCCAGUUUUUAUAAUAUAUACAAACCAGUAUACCUGCACAAGCAAUAUACAAUAUUGCAAGGCUGCAUGAAAUCACCUCUCAAUAUGGGUAUUAUUUAUGAUCUACUAUAUAUCACAUAUUAGACAUGUGUCAAAACAUGCUAGGUCAUUGUUAAGUUAAAGCCCAUAGAAGCAUUAACACUCUCACCUGUAUCCUAUAGCACAGGUAACACAACCUUUUUCCUUUUUUCAAAUUAUUAUUUAAUUCAUGCAAAUCUUGCUAUACAAAUAAUAUUUGCUAUGUUCUCUAAAGAUUCUUAUUAAAUUGGAGGCUUUUGCUUACCCUGUGAAAGAAACAAAAUGUAUAUUUACAGCCCUGGCUUCUUAUAUUUGCAGUACUGAAGGGAGUAUUGUAAUUUCUUUACAAUAGGCACAUAAUUUAAACAUAUUUAGAGUAUGACCAUGUUCAGCCCAGUAAAGUGUAAGUACACAGAAGAUUGCCAAAAACAAUAGAUAAUGUCAAAUGUUUUGAAAGUGAGAUUUACUCACUCUAUGGUCUCAAUUUCAUAUUGUUGGGUAAGCUUUUAAAAAUUUUAAUAUUAUAAAAAUAUUUUAAUUUUGUAAUAUUCAGAUUUUCUUUGUUAUAUCGAUAUAGUUUUUGAUAUUUUAGUAUGUUGGAAAAAAAAUAAAAGUUAAUCUAUAACUAUAUUAAUAAAAUAUAUAAAUUGAGGCUUAUGUAUAUUUUUAUUUUUUCAGAUGUUUGAUAAGAGAAAGUCUUCUGAUGAUGGUUCAACUGCUCCACCACCAGGUAAUCCAGAACAUCCAAAGCAGGAGAUGAAUGACAUUUAGAUACCAAUACAGUUGAUAGCCAGAGUGAUUUUGAAUACCUGUGUUUAAUAAACUAGUCAAUUCAGUUUCUGCAUACUGAGAUUGCAUAAGACUGUGUGCCCAAUAAUAGGACAUACAUUUAGUCAUAUUUUCUCUUCCUCAGGCAGUGAUAGAAAAGAAGCUGGCGAGGGAUGUGCAAAAAUGGACAGCAGUACCAGGUGAGCAAAGAAAAAUAUUAGUUAUAUUGGUGCUCUGUUUGCAACUAAAAGCAAAAUAUAGUCAGCAUUUAAACCAAGCAACACAAUGCAGUAAGAAGGUAAAAUAACACAUCCAGACUCCUGAAUUAGAACCUCGAACAAUAUCUAUAUAUGUAGUGUAUUACAUAUUUGUCUAGGUUAAAAAAAAAGACAAAAUUUCAACCCUGAAGCACAUUCUUUUAUGCUGUUGAUAUGGUACAUAUACUAUUGCAGAGUUGCACCCAGAUAGAUUAAUAGCACUUUGCGUAUUUCUUUUGAAAUAAACUAUUCAUGCCACUCAUAUUAUAAAAAAAUGCUAUAAAAUUUAUACUUGUACAGAUCAAAUUCUAGUGUUCUUAUUUUUUGGUACACUCACAUCAACCAGAGACACCUCUUGGUUUAAACAGCUCUGUAAUGACAGUGGCUAAUAUACACCUGGGUCCUAGCUUAUUUCCAUAUAUAUGCUGCAACAGUAGAGCAGGAAAGAGAACCAAGGGACCCCAAUAGUGUUACACCAACCAUUCAUUUUAUUUAAUAAGAAGUAAGAUAAAAAAAAUACUUGCGUAAAAUCCUAGUGAGGUUACUAUGCAUGAGACUUACAAAUAAUAUACAAUAAAAAAGUCAAUUUUUACAGUUCAAGUGAUCCUCGUAGUUCAUAUCACGUCGUGCACGCUUAUGUUUGCUUCCGAUGCUGUCUACUUCCGAUGAUGUGACGCAUAUUGCCCAGUCAUUUAUUUAUUUAUUUUAUUAAAUCUUCUCUCUCCCUCACCACCGCCUCUCACUAUCUCCUUGCGGGCUCAGAGUGUACACAUGUGCUGUGAGCUGGUGGAACAGUCUAAACAAUAGCUUUUCUAUCAAAUGCUUUUGAGGGAAGAGAGACUGAUGUCAGAUGGGGCAUUGAGAGCUUUGCUGGAUUUCAGGUGUUUUUUUUCCUUUUCUUCAAGGCUACUUGCUAAUGCCCAAUAGUAAUUAAAUGAAAUGUGUCUUUUAAAAGGUUAGAGUAACUUUCCAGAUUUUUAGGGUUUUUCACUAAAGUAAGAAGUUAAAGUGAAUUUCGAAUUUAAGUGCAUAAUAGUCAAACUGGAACCACAGAUGACUUGGAUGAUUUUUCAGUUUGGCUUUUUUGCUUUAACUUUGAAAUUCACUUUAAAUCCUCACUUUAGCUAAUAACCCUGAUAUUUCAGAAUAAAGUUUAUCUCUGUCCUAUUUAAAAAUAAUACAGUCAAGAAGGCUGUAUUUUUUUGCGUUACGGUGUUUGAUGCAGCAUCAUGCUAGGCCUGUUGAUGGAUAAGAUUUUCUGGCUACUUCUCGUUUUAAAACCUAUAUUGCCUUUUGCUUUUCUGUUUGCAAUAUAGAUCUAUAAUACAGAUGUUUUAAACUGGUAGCUGUACACUUUUCAAAUAGAUCGGUAGAGUAUAACUAUUUGUCAGGAUUACUAAGUGAUCCAGCACGCAGAAUAAUAUCACACCUAGGACUAAGGAUAAUGUAUAACCGGACCUAGAAUGGCGGGAUUAAACUUAUCCAAGUAUAGUCAGAAUACUUGCCAAGGUCAGGGAUACAGAACGAGACACAACGAUCAGGGAAAGCCAAAAGUCAAGGAUACCGGAAAUCAGGGAAGUCAAAUGAAGCCAAAGUCAAAUACCAGAAAUACUACGAACAGUAACACUCUCUCGGAUAACCAGCAAAGGGAAACCACGACAGGGCAAUGAGUAAAAGGAGAAAUUAGUUAAGUAACCCUCUUGCAAAUCCGAUUGGCCGUAAACAACCUUUGACCCCAAAACGUGCUUGCGCGUCAAAACCGUGGGUGUACGUGGGGCUACAAUAUGGCGUAGAUCCGUAGCGGCCGGCGUCCACCGACAUGUUGCUGCAGUCAGGCAUACUGGCACAGGACCGGUGGGCGGCACCUUCAUUACCGAUAGGAAUGCAAUUUUCAGUGCAAACAUCACAAGGUGAGGAUGAAUACGUGGCACUAUUACUAUAUCUGAAAUGUAAAAACAGUAAUUAAUCAAGAAAGUAUUACCAGUUAAUGAAAUAAAACAAUGCGAGGACAAAAAGCAGUUGAAGUUAGAAAACUAUUAAAAUGGAUCUGUAAUUUGAGACACAAAUAUAAUAGAAAAGUGUUGUUUUUUUCAUUUUUGUUUGUUAAAAUUGCAUAAUUGACUUUCUGGACACAGUCAUAGCAUGCCAUAUAACCUAAAAUAAUUUAAUCCUAUCGCUUUCAUACUGUGAGCAUAAAUAUGGAAGACAUACUCACCAUUUGUCCUGGAUCUGGAUUUUAAUUGAUCAUAGGGGUAACAAAAUUUAUUUUAUCUUUUGUGUGUGCUCUCACCACUUUUACUAUUUUAUUUUCACUUAUUUAUGUGUGGUGGAGUGACCCACAUAGGUGAUAGUAGCACCCUGUUUCUUAUUGUUUUUAACCAAAUAUACGCACCUUUUCAAUAAAUAUGGAAGGAUACACAGAUCAGUUCCUUAUAGUUCUGCUGCUACAAUUGAUCUGAUCUUAUGGGAUACCCAAUUAGUAAGGGAUAAUUACUAACAAUUAUUAUAAGUGAUAAUACAUGGUCGGAUCAUGAUAUGUUGAUUGCGGAUAUAAAGGAUAUGUAUCAGAGAUCCCCACCCCCAUGGAGAUUGAGGGAUGAUUUAUUAAAAUUAGUAGAAAAUAUAGAGUAUAUAAACAAAAUGUCUGUACACGUUUUUGAAGAAAACUCAUCAGAGGAGAUUUCUUCUGAAUGUCUUUGGAGCACCUUUAAAUCAUUAAUAAGGCGUUAUUGGAUUAAAAUAGCAAGUCAAGAAAUUAAGAACAGCGGAUUAAAUCUGAUUUAUAUAUUCAGUACUAUAAUCUUGCUGCUCAAAAAGGGUGAUUUUUCAAUAGAUAGAGAAAAUAAAAAAAUAUAUUGAGAAAAGAUAAAUAUAAAGAUAUCUGAAAGAAUAGAAUCCAAUGUAAGAAGAUUAAAAACCAAAUUCUACUACGGGAAUAAUAGAGUAGAUGAGAUGUUAACUAAUAAAAUAAAGAAAACAAAAACCGACAAAAUCUAUAAAAUAAUAAAAGAUGGCAAGACAUAUUUAAAGCCAGGAGAAAUUGGCAAUGAGUUGGAUUGCAGAUGCGAUUGGUACGCUAUAUUCCUCUCCUUCGGCUAAGUGAGGUUUUUGUACCGAUUGGUUUGAUUUAUCUAAUGGAACGAGGCAGGGGUACCCGCUGUCCCCUUUAUUAUGUAUAUUAUCUAUAGAACCAUUUGCUAUUAAUAUUAGAAGUAACCUUCUGAUCAAAGGGCUGUCUCUAAAAGACAGAGAAUUAAAGGUAUGCCUGCCGAUGACAUCCUUAUUUCAGUAACAGACCCAUAUUUUUCCCUUCCCCAUUUAAUGCAGGAAUUUAAAAGAUAUAGUAUAGCAUCGAACUAUAAAUUAAAUAUGAAUAAAACAUCGGUUCUAAUUUCAAACAUUGAUGCCAAUGAUCUUAAAAAGGAUUUUGAUGUUACUUGAUCAUCAAAGGCUAUACAAUAUUUGGGUGUUGAUAUUACUGCAGAUUUAAGAGUAAUAAUGUAAGUAAAUUUUUAAAGACUUAUUAAACACACUAAGACGCUAUUAAGGGAAUGGAGAUGUUAUUAAAUUUCUUAGUUGGGGAGAAUAAACACUUUUAAAGCAUAUAUCCUCCCCAAGUGGACAUAUUUAUUUUGAAUGCUUCCCUUGGCAAUUCCAAAGCAAUGGCUUGAUAUUGUACAGUCCAGCUUUACUAAUUAUAUCUGGAGAGGCAAAAGACCUUGAAUAAAUAUUAGGAUUUUGUCCAAAAAAGACCACCAUGGGGGAAUAGGAUAUCCGAUAAUUAGAAACACUUAUCAGGCGAAUAUGAUUAUGCAUGUCCACAAAUUUCAUGUUAGCGAUUUGAUGGAUCAGUCGUGGUAUAAGUUUGAAGCAAGUAGAGUAGGUAAAAGCAACCUUGCUUUCCUUUUGUGGAAUGAUAUAGGAAGAAAGAAACCUAUAAAUUAUAUUGAGAAAUCACUGAUAAUAUCACAAACUUUGAAAGAAUGGCAAGAUAUAAAGAAAGAUUUAAAAAUGAAUAAUAAGAUUUUUGAAGGUUCUAAGACUAGAAUAUUAGAGAAAAUAAUGCAUGACCUUGAUUUAAGAAGUUGGACUAAUCAAAGCAAUUAUACAAUAGGGGAACUAUGUGAAAAUGAUCAAUUAUUGUCUUUUGAUAUAUUGAAGCAGAAAUUCAAUCUUUCUCAACAAGAAAUAUUUAAAUACCUUCGAGUCCAAGGGUUUCUCAAAGCGGCACUGUCAUGCCGAACUUACCUUUCCUCAAUCUCUUCCUCUUCUCCCCCUCUUUCAUGAUCUGUUCUUCUUUUCUUCCUGUCUUCUUUAGUUUUCUUUAAAAUCAUAAGACAAAGUAGGGACUCUGCCUUAUGGAGGUUUCCUCCACUUGACCAGCUUUGACCAGCGGAGGAGCAAAGUGUGCUUCAUUUCCGCUGGUCAGAGCAAUUUUCCCAUAAUUCUUACCUUUCCUCUGUGAUCUCGCGAUGCUUCCUGUCAUUUUACACGGUGCCAGACCUUCCACACGACAUGCUCCUCUUUGACCACAUCCACAUGACGGCGAGACCUAAGUUCCUGCCCCAAGAUACACCCAGGGACAUACUGGUGCGUAUGCACUACUAUCAUGCCAAAGAGGCUAUUCUAAAGAGUAGUAGAACACGCAAGGACUUACCAGAGCAGUACCGCAGCAUCAUGCUAUUCGCGGAUGUCUCCGCAUUCACCCUUCAAAGGAGGAGAGAAUUCCAGGACACCACUGCAGCGCUCAGAGAACACCGCAUAUUAUACCGCUGGGGAUAUCCAGUCAAGCUGCUGGUGCAAAGAGCAGGGAAGACCACAGUAAUAUCAACUCCAGAGGAAGGGACAGAUGCCCUGAGAGAAUGGGGUAUAGAAAGAGAACACCAGCACAACCGGUCUAAAGAGCCAAGAAGGUUAACACCGGAUUGGAAUCGAGCGAAACGCACAUAGACUGUAGACUCGUGGGGCCUGAGAGGGCCUAAAGCCACAGACUGUGCCGAGCCGCAAGUAUCAUAAUGCACAAAUGUUUAUGUCACUGUAAUCUUUAUUACCCAAAGGUUAAUCCAUACCUAGCUAACUCCCUAGUAACCAUAAGCAGGGCGGGUACAGCACCAGGGUGUAGAAAUAAGAGAUAACUCUGAGUAUUAAAAGGAUUGGGAUCCCUAAGAGGCAACUAUGCUGCACCAAGCCGCCCAGAAUAAGGGUCACGUAGAUUAGUACAAAUGGAUAAAUCAAACAAAAAAAACAAACAAAAAAACUGAAGUUAAACUAACCAUUGAAAACGCAAUUAAAGGUACAUACUGCCACAGACAAAAAGGCCGGCACGCAGCGCACGUAACCUCCCAGGCAAAGGAGCACUAAGCUUCUACCCCCAAGGCACUUGGGUGAAGUGCCAAGCCACAAACAGGGCAUGGUUCAACUUUGUAAAUACUUUUGUUGUUGUUUGGUUAUAUUGUUGUGUUACGGUACUCAGUGGGAGGAGGCCUGUUGCCCGCACCGCUGGGGACUGGGAUGGGGACCUAGUGGGUGGUCUCACUUCUAACAAUCAGGAUAGGGCGCAUACAAUCACCUAUGGGAAGUCACUACAGACCCUAGGGGUGGCCUUGCUCCACUUGAUAGCACUGGGAGGAGCGUGUCAUCCCGCAACCAACAAACACUCGCAAUACUCAGCACAACCCUACAUGUCUGACCCUACAUGAAAAUAUACACACACAACGUGAGGGGACUGAACAUCCCAACUAAAAGACACUUACUAUACCGAGAGCUUAAGAAACAAUGUGCAGAGGUGGUGUGUCUGCAGGAGACCCACUUCCGUACCUAGGACCAUCCACAGAUUAUGGAGUCGGAAUAUCCACAUCAAUUCCACUCUACUUCCCCGACUAAAGCUAAAGGUACUUCCAUACUGAUAAGUAGACAUGUAUCCUUCUCCCUAAAAUCACAACAUAUAGAUCAAUUGGGCAGAUACGUAGUGAUAGUGGGAACGAUCAAUGACAUAGAGUACACCAUCGCAAAUAAAUACGCGCCCAGUCAGAACCAGAGAAACUUCCUACACAAAAUUUUUCAAACCCUAGUGCCUAUACAACACGGUAUAACACUCAUUUGCGAUGACUUCAACCACAUUCUUGACCCGUCCAUGGACUCAACCACACACCGAGCUAGUGGCCGAUAUAAAACCCUUAGACCCCAGGGCAAAGCCCUCCAGUCCCUACUACACAAAUACCACUACUACGAUACAUGGAGAAUCACACAUCCCUCGGAGAAGGCAUAUACGCACUUCUCAUCUGUCCACAACUCUUACUCUAGAAUAGAUGGAUUCCUCCUCCAGGGCUCCCACCUCAAUCAAAUCCUAAACUGCGACAUAGCACAUAUUACAUGGUCAGAUCAUGCGCCAGUACUUCUGGAAGUGAAAGACCUAUACGACUUCAAACACCACAGCCCAUGGAGAAUCAAUAAUUCUCUUCUUCUAAAUCCGCAGUUUGUGGCCGACCUGACCACAAAUAUGAAACAGUAUUUUGCGGAAAAUGAGACACCUGAGGUGUCGGCUACAACGGUCUGGAUGGCCCACAAGCCGGUGGUACGAGGUCUAUUAAUACGUCGGGCUUCAUACCUCCGAAAACAGUCACAAAAACUAACACUAGAGCUACAAAGAGAACUCUAUGACUUAAAUCUGGAGAAUCAAAUCUCCCCCACGGAUGACAGACGCCGACGCAUAAUCCAAAUCACUAGACGCCUGCACACACAAGCACUAGAACGCACAGAACACAACCUAAACUGCCUGAAGUUACAACAAUAUACCCAGGGCAACAAAGCUAGCAAACUACUAGCGCACAGACUUAAGACACGACAAUACGCCGGUGGUACGACGUAUUAAUAGACCUCGUACCACCGGUUUGUGGGCCAUCCAGACCUCACACACAGGCAUGAAACUGACCACCCCAAAAGCCAUCAGCGAUGAGUUCGCACAUUAUUAUGAGAAAUUGUACAAUCUGCGACUUGACCCCGCAACCAAUAGAGGGAGACAUACAGAUGUAUCUGAGGGACACACACCUGCCCCGACUCACCGCCCAACAGCAGAUGGCACUCACAAAACCACUAUGUGAAGAGGAAUUAAGGGAUGUAAUAAGGACCCUACCAUCGGGCAAGGCCCCGGGACCUGACGGGUUAGACAACAUGUACUACAAGAAGUUCAGUACCACACUAGCGCCAUACCUAGUCAAAGCCUACACACAAGCCACUGCACAUAGAGCUCUACCCCCUGAGAUGUUAAAUGCGCACAUAGUUACCCUACCUAAACCAGGGAAGCCACCCACAACCCCACAGAACUUUAGGCCCAUAUCCCUGGUAAACACUGACGCUAAAAUCUUGGCCAAAACAUACGCACUACGGCUAGGGUCAAUAUUGCCAACAAUUAUCCACAACGAUCAAGUAGGCUUCAUCAAGGGGAGGCAGGGAUCGGAUAAUACUAGGAAAGUACUAAAUAUCUUGCACUACCUCCGCAAACAGAAACAAGGGGGACUGAUGGUCUCCCUGGAUGCAGAGAAGGCCUUUGAUCGCCUAAACUGGAAAUUCCUGCGUGCAGUGUUGAGUAAGUUUGAUAUCCCGGAGGGGUUUGUUUCAGUAGUGGAAGCCCUGUAUAGCUCGCCGAGAGCCCAGGUGCUUAACUCAGGAUUCCUCUCAGAACCAAUAACACUAUCCAACGGCACCAGACAGGGGUGCCCCUUGUCACCCCUGCUAUAUGUUUUAGCCCUAGAACCGUUAGCGGUAAAGAUAAGAAAUAACCCAAACAUACAUGGCGUCAGGAUCAAUGAACGAGAAUAUACUACCAACUUAUUUGCAGAUGAUGUCCUGCUGACACUUACCCAACCCCAGAUCUUCCUCCCCAACCUAUUGAAAGAGAUAACCACAUACGGUACCCACUCAUAUUACAAACUCAACAUAACAAAGACACAGGCCAUGGGGGUGGGUAUCCCGGGAGGUACACUGGACCUGCUACAGAGGUCAUUCACACUAGAUUGGAGACAAGACCAUUUAACUUUCUUAGGCAUCAAUAUCACAAAAAAAAACAACAAACCUCAUAGCCGCGAACUAUGACCCAUUGCUGAAGUCUAUAGCAAAUACAUUGAAAGGAUGGGAAGGCAAAUUCCUGUCGUGGCUGGGAAGGAUGGCCGCAGUAAAAAUGAUAGUGCUGCCGAAAUUCCAAUAUUUAAUAAGAACCUUACAAAUCCGCGUACCAAAAAGCUACCUAGAUAACCUACACAAGGGCUUCAUAUGGGCCCAUCAAAAAGUAAGAGUGGCAGCGAAAAUAUUGUGCAGGCAGCAAGCAAAUGGAGGCCUGGGAAUGCCGGACGUUCGGCAGUACUAUAAGGCGGCUAUCCUGGCCACGGCUAUACAAACACACACCAGUGAGGAAGUACCACAGUGGGUGGACAUGGAGGCCUCUUGGGCGUGUCCCAAGGGUCUGAAAUACCUGUUUUGGAUACCCCACAGACACAACUCUUAUUGAAGGUAUGGGACACGGCCACAAAACAAUGAGGACAAGACAGGGGGUGGGCGCAAGCGACUCCCCUAUACAGCCUACACCUUGCAAACGCAGCCUUUGACUACAGACCUUGGAUAAGCCGGGGGUGCCAUAGAGUAAGCCACCUAUAUGACAAGGACAAACUACUUGACUACCCAGACAUACAAAGGAAAUACACGCUACCACACAACACCAUUUUCCAAUACCUACAGUUAAAAUCCAUGAUACAGGGGUCCAACGGCUCCACUGCAACGGCCAAUACAAAGCACAUCGAACAGAUGUGUACAGCCACGAAACAGCCUAAGAAACUAUUAUCCACCCUUUAUAAUAUGUUGAUCCAAUCGCACACAGACCCCCCCCAGACAAAUUCAAGGAAGCUUGGCAGGAGGACAUGGGUAAAACUUUCACUGACCAACAAUGGGGAAAAGCAUUCUUAGCGCACAAGAAGAGGACGAGUUGUGCCUCUCACUUGGAACAAAUGCGCAAAAUCCAAUACCGCUGGUACCGGAGCGAAUGGCAAUGCUGGAGAUGUCAAAAAGACAGGGGAACAAUGUAUGAUAUAUGGUGGACGUGUCCGAAAGUAGCAACAUACUGGAGGGAAGUUGAGGAGAUAGUGAGAACGGCCCUAGUCAGAGAACUCACACUUACACCGGAGUGCGGACUCCUGUUUAUGGGGUUGGAAGAGCUCAACAUCACAGACUCACGUCUACUAUUUCAUAUCCUCAUAUCGGCAAACACCCUAAUAGCUAGGGCAUGGAAGCAAGAUCAUGCACCCACUAGUGAGGCCCUGAUUCAACAAAUCACUACGAAUCUGAUAUAUGAAAAGGGAUUGAAUAGGCAAAGUCCCUCAAACAAAUAUGCCAACCUGGCCCAUGCAAAGUGGGUGUUGGGGGUGGGCAGGGAGGGGAAGUGAAACACAGAGGGAGAGGUGAUAGCAGACCACUACGCAUAGAAACCCACAUGUACAUAGUUGUAUAGUUUACAGUUUUGAACUGGUUAAAAGAGGGGAGCCAAAGUGCAGGACCACGCUUCACGAAAAGCUCAAAGGAGCGUACAGGCUGGAAAUAACAAGGAGGAUAUGCCAAGAUAAGGCCAAUGAGAACAAUGGCUCUAAACCCAUAAUGGAAAUGCAUGUGAGCCAAAUGAGCAUCAACGAAAGGCGACUUAAGAUGAAUCAAAAUCUGGGAGUUUUCCCCCCCCCCUUUUUCCCAUUUCACUUCUGUACCCUCAUCCCCUCCUCCUCCCCCUAUUGUUACUGGAUAAUUGCUCACCAGGACGAGGGAACGGCAAUGUUGUACAUGAAAAGCCGUAUUUGACGCUGUAUUGCUGUAUCACUGUAUCACUGUCCUUAAAAUGUUCGAUGACUGCAACUCAUGUAACCCCCUCCACCCUUUUUCUCUUCUGUACCACUGGUGAAACCAAUAAAAAUUGUCAAAUUGAAAAAAAAACAAAAAAAAACCCAGAAAUUUUUCUGUUUAAUAUAAAUUGCUUGUUGGGGGAUAAACAAUAUAAUAUUCUGAUAACAUAUUGUCUAAUGGCAGCUAAAAUAUUGAUUGCUAGACACUGGAAGCAAGUGAUAAUUCCAACGAAAUCACUAUUCAUAAAGCAACUGCUUUUUCACCUGGAUAUGGAGAAUAAUAUGCCUUUUAUAUAUUUACCAUUCGGGAUAAAGAGUUACAUCCAUUUAUAGAGAACUAAUAGAAAAGAUUACUACUCUUUAAUAUGGUGGCCUAAAAGAGCAGAUGUAUAUCUAAAGCAUUGGGUUUACUAUAAACCAAAUUAGUAAAAGGUCCCGCACCCGCAGUGUUUGUAUUAUUGUUUGUCUUAGUGAUUAUCUGUAUGUUAAAAGACGUGGAUAUAUGGCCACCUAAUGACUUUGGGGACCAUACCCACGCCUGCCUGUGAUCUAUGUCUAUAGUUAUUGUCAUAUUGCCUUUUGGUAUGAUAUGUAUUGUAUUAAAUAAUUUAUGAAAAUUAUAAAUAAAUUAAUUUGAAAAAAUAAAAUAAAAUAUGGAAGGAAUGCCUUUUUCCAUUUGUACAGCACUUCUCAGCAGAUGCCUGAGCGUCCAUGAGCAUGCCCUGAGCAACAAGGGAGGAUACGUCUCCCUAAACAUGGUAGCUUUGCAGAGUUAAGUGCAUUGUUUCUUCUGCAGCACUGCUCACCAUGAUAAAUGAUUCAAUAGUUUUAAUAGGGUGGAGGAAUGAUGAAUUGUCACUUCUAAGAAGCGACCGUUCUACUCUGAAGGAACACUCCAUAACCACUACAGUGUGUUGUAGUAAUUAUGAUUCUAAGAGUGCUCUGGUUCCCUACCAGGGUUAGUAGUCCUGCAAACAGUUUGACAGCUUACAUUGGGUCUAUCAUGCACCGGUCACAGUCUCCAGAAGGGGUGGAGGUUGGCCCAGGGAAGGUUUAUUGGCUCUCUGCUGAGCUCUCUCAAUCAAUGGGCUAACCCCUGCACCACUGGGCUAGGUCAUUGCAGUGAAAUCCUGACUCUCCUGAAAGAGAUAGCAAAUGCCUGGCGGACUCCAGGUGAGUUGUCAAACCAUUUGCAGACAGCUGGCUGCUUAACUAAGGAGAGGGCCAGGUAGUCCUGGCACCAUAACCACUACCAAACAUUUAGUUUUAUCUCACAUUCCCAUCCUUUUUUUUUUUUUUUUUGUUAAUAUAACCAGAGAAUAUGAGAGAGUUAGUCCCUGCUCAGGUCUCAAAAAUAUUUUUGCUCACUUGUGCUAUUACAAAGAGAACCUAUACCAUUUGCAUAUUAAUCUGAUCCCACCCAUAAGGGCAGUCCAGAACCGAAAUGCUAACAAGUCCUCUCUAAACGAGACAUACAGCGACCAGGGACGAUCAUUUCGGCCUUCUUUGGGCUUCAUCAGCGAGGUGUAGCAGAUUAACCUCUAGGCACAGUGAGCAUGGGGUCCAAGUUUGGAUUACCCUUUUAGCUUAGGAAGAGCCCAAGCAAAUGCAUCGAAACAAAAACAGAGAAUAUGAGACCAGAUGAAAGUUUAGAGAACUUCAGUUGCUUGCCUUUUGGUUAGUCCUUCUCAGGUCUCAAAAAUGUUUUUGCUCACUAGUGCCAAUACAAAGAGAACCUAUACCAUUUGCAUAUCAGACUGAUCUCACCCUAAGGGUAGUCCAGAACCAAAAUUUGACAGCAUUUCGGUUCUCUUAUAGGUGAGAAAGUGUGCAAAAACAUUUUUUUAGCCAUGAGCGGGGAGUAACCGAAGGGCAAGCUACUGAGUUUCUCAAAGCUGUUCCCCUUAGAGAUCUCAUAUUCUCAGAAUUUUAUAUCAUGUUUUUUGUUAAUUUUGUUCAUUAAAAAAAAAAAAUCGACAGGGCUUUCAUUUGUUAAGUGUUCCUUUACUAUUGUUCUCCCAUACUACUUACUACUUACUAAAUGUUUGUCCGUGUCUAACUUUACAUAUUAAUUAGUCCUCGUUGAACCCCUUAGCUGAAAAUUUAUAUCCUGGGGCAAUCUUCUGAUUUUGAUUCAGGAAUGCAUAGGGACAUCCCUUUACUUUCCAUCCAUAACCACAUGAUGGCUCUCUUGAAAUUUGACUUGUCUUUAGCCUCCAAUUAUACUCAGCAGAACAACACAUAGUUGUUACAUAGGCUGAAAAAAACAAAAAUAGUCUUGCAUCCAUCAAAUUCAGCUUUUCUCACAUCUAAUUAAUUCAAAAGAAGGUAAACACCAGAGUUUGACACUCUUUCCAAUUUUGCAACAAACUAGAAAAUUAAUCCAUCUCGACCUCAGAAUGUUAGACAUCUCCUUGGAUCAAAAAGCUGUUAACCCACAUAUUAAAUAUUAUGUUCCUGAAUAUUAUACAUUUUCAAGAAUUCAUCUAGUUAUUUUUUAGAAAUCUAUUCAGACUCUGAUAAAACACCUCUUCAGGAAGAGAAUUCCACAACUUUAUUAUUCUUACUAUAAAGAUCCCUUUCCUUUGCCGUAGACAUUUCCCUUCUCUCUCUAAAUGAGUGACCUCAUUUCCUAUUAAAGGGACACUGUACGCACCAAAACCAUUUAAUUUCAUUUGAAGUGGGCUGUGUGCAGUGCAGUGGUGUAUCCUGGUUUUGUGCUGCCCUAGGCACGUCAUAUUCCCGCUCCCAGCAUCACUCUGAGGUCGGCCCGCGAGGGAGCUGAGCAGACAGCUGAGGGGAAAGUGCUCCCUCGCCAGCGCCACCCGCCCGGCUUGUCAGGCUAACAAGACAUUUGCCCUGGACAUUUGGGGGCUGCGUUUUUUGCCGCCCCCUGGAAAAUGCUACCCUAGGCAAAUGCCUUGUUUGCCUUGCGGCUAAUAUGUCCCUGGUGCAGUGUGUCUGUUCCCUUAACCUUGCAAUGUAUAACAUACAUUUGCUGUGUUGAGACUGCCACUAGAGGUGCUUCCUGCAGUUUCACGGAAUUUGACUUUGUAAAACAAUGCUGGAUGUGCUCACUCUUAGCAUGACAUCAUCCAGCAUGUUGAAAAACCACACAGGAUUUCAUAACUAAAAUUCUGAUUACCCUAAAGAAUUUUGUAGCCCACCUCUGCACUUUUUCUAGUGCCUUGAUAUCCUUUUUGGAACAGGUGCCAAAAAUUGACACCUAUUGGCAUAUUCAGGGUGUGGUCUUACCAUUGGUUUAUAGAAAUGCAAUAUUUUAUCUUCAUCCCAAAAAUGAAUGCCCCUUUUUAUACAUGACAAUACCUUAUUGGCCCUAGGAACUGCUGGUUGACAUUGGACAUUGUUGCCUGGUUUGAUGUCUAUAACAAUUCUCCAUUCCUUCUCAUUUGUUGUUUUCCCUAACAAAAUUUUACUUCUAGACCAAUUUCUUUUAAUUUAAACAUUAACCUGUUGUCUGUAACUUUAUUGAAUACCUUGGCAAAAUCCAAGUUGAUAACAUCCAGUGCAACUCACGGAUCUAUACAUCUACUUAUUUCUUUGUAGAAUGCAAUUAAAUUAGUUUGACACAAUCUAUGUUUCAUAAAACUAUGUUGAUUGCUGCUGAUACCUCAAAGAAAGGAAUCCUAAAAAAUUUAAAACAGAGGUUUGCUUAUUUCCACAUUUAGCACUUUAAGCACACAUGGGUGAAUACCAUCCGGACUUGGGACUUUGUUAAUAUUAACUUUCUUCGGUUGCUGUAACACAUUGUAUUGAGACAUCCAAUCACAAUAUUUCUGCAUAUUUUUUUGCAACUCUGUUUUGCAUAUCUCUAGCUAUUGGUUCCUCCUUGAUAUGUACUGAAGAAAAAUAAUUAUUUCAGUGUUCUGUCUUUCCUGAUUUUCAUUUACUAGCACAAGCAUCUCUGAUUUCUGUGAAAUAUACUUUAAUACUUUUUGGAAUAUUUUGCAUUUAUGUUCUUAAAAUCUUUUUGGGUUCAGUCUCUCUUGCUGACACUUUUACAUUUUCUAGUUUAGCCGAUCUAUUUACCUUUUUGCAGACAUUAUUGGUUUCCUUAUAUUUUAUAUUUAUAUGCUUUAAAUGCCCUUUUCUUAUUAAAGGAUCACUUUAGUGUCAGGAAAACAAACUUGUUUUCCUGACACUAUAUAACUUAGGACCCCCCACCCUCAGGGCACCCCUUCCUUGGCGCUGAAGGGAUUAAAACCCCUUCAGUUACGUUAAUCCAGAACCGGGCUCCCUUGGCGCUGGUGACCUCUCCUCCCUCACCAAGUCAGCUCCCAAGUGGAGCGGAAUGCGCAUGUGUGGCAAGAACAGCGCGUGCAUUCAAUCAGUCCAUAGGAAAGCAUUUCUCAAUGCUUUCCUAUGCACGUUCUGCACGCUGGAUGCAAAUUUCUCAUCCAGCGUCGCAGAAGCGCCUCUAGCGGCUGUCAGUAAGAAACUGCUAUGUUUACAUCUGAAGGGUUAAAACCUGGGGGACCUGGCACCCAGACCACGUCAUUGAGCUGAAGUGGUCUAGGUGACUAUAGUGUCCCUUUAAUAUAUUGACCUAGCUUUCUACUAAAUGCAUUGCUUUCAGUUUGUUUCUUUUGUAUUUGUUACCAAGUUGGUAUAUCCCGAGACUUGUGCAUUUCUAAUGUUUGAUGUAAGAUAUUCCGUUUAUGCUCUGUUUUUUUUUUUCAGGAAAGCGUGUAUGCCAGUCAAUUAGUUGUAAAGCUUAUCUUGUUAUUUUUUAGCAUUCCCCAUGAACAUUAGUUUUUUUGAGUUUACUUCAAAUAUAUGUGUUCAGGGACGAAGGCUGUGUGUGACAUAACUACAUAUGAUAAUGUUAGUUGAAGUGUACCAGAACCAAAGGGUGUGUUAGGCCUGUAAAUAAAGAGGGCAUACCUGGAGAAUGAAGUAAAAGUUACAAUUGGAGGAGGGUGGAUUUUGGCCAAAAAGCCUGUGGUCUUAAGGUUUGGACCGCUGCUGUUUUAAAGGCCACUUAACUCCCCCCACAACUUUAGCCCUUAUGGCCUAAACAUUUGUGUUUUGGGACCAAGGCCAUAUGUGAUAACUACCUGUGACAAAAUUGGCUGAAGUAUUCCAAAACCGACAGGUAGGUUAGGCCUGUAAAUAAAGAGGGCAAAAAGAUGGAGUACAAAAAUAAUAAUUAAAAUAAUAAUAAUAAUUAUUAUUAUUCAGUUAGGGAGUUAUGUGUAAAUAACAGUUCUGGAGCAAAGUGUUGUUUACUACUCCAUAUAAACAUUACAUUGGUUUCCAGUGAUAAUUCCACUUUUUGAACUUUUCCUCACGAACCAUUAGAAACUGCGCUUGGUACUGGCUUACUGUCCUAGAAUUUCACAAAUACAUAUGAAUGUAUAUGUCUUUGUAGUGGAGGUGUACAAAUCCCAGAGCACUCAGGAAGUGGUUUACCCCCAGGACACUACAGACAAGGAUACUGCAGUUGCUGCCAAGUACAUUAUAUCAACUUAGAAAAGGUAAGGUAUUUUUAUUAUAAGACCUGUUUUAUCUAGAAACAACCAACACUGAGUGAAGUCGACAUCAUUAUUUUACUAAUCUUUGUACAGAUUUUCCUUCUGUCAAAGUAAUGUAAUUGAUAGUCUGUACCACCUUUUACAAGAAUGCGCAUCUGGAGCAACAUCACCAUUAUUUAACGUCUUCCUCACUCAUCUUUUGUGUCACAUAAAAUCAUGAUUCAUUGUGACAGGCAAGAACCAAAUGUCCCAGAUUUAUGAAAUCUCCAACUGAUUUUGCCUAUUUGUUCUUGAAGACGGCCUAAUACAUGUUUCACUUAAUUCCUUUAAAAGAAUACUGCAAGCACUGUAACUACUACAGCGUGCUACAGUGGUUAUAAUGCCAUUAAAAAUAUGCAGAAAGGCAAAAUAAGAACAAAUUUACAUACAUUUUAUAUUCCAAUGGUGCAUAAAAGGCAUAGCCAACAUUUCCAGUUUUAUUGAACUACAAUUCCCAGAAUACACAGCCAGAGGCAUGUAUUUCUGCAAAGACAAACAAGACAGAACUGUUUUUUUUGUUGUUGUUUUUUUUUUUUUUUAUACUAAAGACUGAUUGUUGUUAUUUUCUUUUUUUUUGGGGGGUGGGGGGGGGUGGGGGAGUAUUCUGCAUAUUGAUUGUCAUCCAUUGUUAUUUUUUUUUGUUUUCUGUAGUUACCUUCAUUGUUAUACUUGAAUUGUACUUUAUGUUGUAUGAUAUCUAUCUCCUACAGCACCUUGCAAGUGACCAACACAAACAGAUUUCUGGUUGUAAAAGGAUUCCAUUAAAUCCCAGCGUCAUGAUGGAGCGUUUCCUACAUGAUGUCCAUCUUUAUCAUCCACAGAAUUAUCAAGAUACUAGGUGAGAUAUUUUUUUUUUUCCUGGUGCAUUGGAUUAUAACUUUUUCCUGAUUUUAUCUGAAAAUAUUAUUUACAGAGUCGUCAUACUGAAUUAGGCACUGAUCGGAUCUAUUAUGACUGUAAGAAAGUUAGUGCAAUGACGAAUUAAAGGGCUGUUACAUGGACAUACAUAAUUGGCCUCUCAAUAUAUUUUUUUUAUUUAGAUACACAUUACAUUUCCUAUGUUUUCUAGUUCCUGUGGAAAGUUCUCCCCAGAGCAGAAAUUGACUGGAUCUCCUCGUACUCUGGUAAACCUGUAACUUUUUAUUGAAAGGCAAGUUUCAGGUGAAAGAGGCAUUUAAAGGGAAAGCUACUCUGGACAAAACUUUUCACGUGAUGUGCUAUGACUGGGAUUUUUAAUUUUUACUGCUUGCCUUUACCACUUCUACAUAUGUAUAUAUAGUAUUAAUAUAUCUGAAGUGUUUGGUUUGUGCAGUGCCAGUUUGGGAUAAGCCUUAAUUUUGCUUUCUAUGGUGUAUAAUUUCAUUAGCAUUAUUUAUUAUAAUUAAAAACUACAUUAACAACCAAGAUCAGAAUCCUGGAUGUUGUAAGCCAAAUAUUAUCAAUGUAAUGGAGUAGCAAAUGUUAAGAGCCGUCAUUAAAUAUGGAGAUAUAUUAUAUCCAUCUGUUCGAAUAAUCCAUCUCUGCAAACUCAACAUUGUCCUGCAAAGUAUUUACCAUACCCAUAUUUUCCAUGAAUUUAGAGAACUAAACUGUUUUUUACUGUGCACGCGUAAAAAUAUGUAUUUUAUGUACUUUCACAUAUAUUAAAUUACUGUUUAAUUCUAAUGUAAAUCAUGUAUUAAAAGGGAACAUAUCAUGGUUACAUUGACAACAAUUUCUGUUAUCAGCUGAAACAACAUUUUAACAGAUGGCCCCACGUUCAAUAUUGUUUGCAUGGUAGGAUCUACGAAAUGCAUAGAACAUGAAAUUACAUUUUCUCAUCUGUUUUAAGGCACUUCUCAUAUGGUUUCAAACAAUGUAUUGGUUGAAUAUACAGAUGAUCAUAACUCAUAUGGGGGUGUGUCAGUUUCUUGUUACUUUUUUAAUCAACUACACCUUGAAUCGGUGCUUAAAUGCAUACACUAUUUUAUCCCCUCUAAUUGUGACGUUAAAGGACCACUAAAGUCACACAGGCUACUUCCUAUGAAGUGGCCAGGGUGCAGUCAUGAUUUUGUUUUAACUAUGAAGUGUAGAACAUUGCAGUUUUUUAGAACCUGCAAUGUUUACAUUACAGGGUUAAGUCUACUUCUAGUGGCUGCCACAGUGACACUAAAGACGCUUCACUAGGCUGCCAUACUGACACUAAAGGCACUUCCGUUGCACUGACCAAGUAAAACUCUGUUGUGAUAUGGGAGCCUCUAUAAAAAAGUAUUAAACCUAUUGAAGCUACCCAUGGGGAAGCUUGGAAGCACAGGCGGUGCUUGCAUUAUGUUGGACCAACUGUUGAGGAGGCCAUGCUUCUUCUGAAACGCAGAGAGAGAAAAGAGACUCAAAGCUGGAAAAAGGUGAGUAAAAGUUUUCAUUUAUUUCACUGCAAAUAUGGGAGACCUAUAUCUAGCUAGAGACAGGGGGCACUAAAGUGUUAGGAAUACAGGGUUUCUAGCUCUAGAACCGGCAAAUGGUAUUUGAAGCCAGCACACUAAUUUCUGGUAAAUAUGUUUUUUUGUUUUUGUUUUUUAACGCACAUAUAUCUAUAUAAUGUAAUAAAUGCAUAAUAAAACUGGAGUUUUUAAUUGCUAUGAGGUUGAACAUUCUCCGGUAAUAUUCUUGCUUUCCUUUACAUAAUAUUUAAGUGCUUAGUCAUGAUUCUUGCUACUCUUUUUUUAUAUUUCUUAUUUACAAAAAAUAAUAAUAAUGAGUAUUUAUAUAUUAUAUUAUUGUGCCUAACUUAUUAAAUAAAUAAAAAUCUCAACAAUUUCUGCUAAUAUAUUGCACAAAAUGGACAAGUAACAGUUAUUUUUGUUGGACUUAUUUUGCUGAAUUGGUCAAUUUUGUAUGCCGAGCCCGAGCAGAACCUUUUGAUAAAUGCUGAACUUAUCAUUUUCUAUGUUGAUUCAACUAGCUGUGUAUUUAUAGUUGUUUUUGGUCAGCUAUAUUUUAACCUGCAUAAAAAUGCAAAGCAUUGCAGCACUGCAAAAGCAAUAAAUAAAGUAGAAUGUGUAAUGUUUUUAAUUUAACAAUAUUUUUACAUUCUUAUAUAUUUUGUUGAUUUGAAGCUGGAGGCAUUAGGAAUGUUGCAUGAAUAACUAACUAAAAAAUGCAUAUUUUCAUAUUUUACCUUUGUUUUUGUUUUGUUUUUUAUAGACCAACGUAUGAUGACAUACCUGAUAUUUCCAUAAGCCCAAGAUUACCAGAAGUUUGUUCCGAUGCACCUCUGCUUGUACAAAAUCACAAAUUAGUGCCUACUAAGUCCCAUCCUGAACACACCCAGUCUAUUUCUGACUCAAGUAAUUGUUACCCAUCCACAUCAAAGUACAACUCUAGAAAUAUUGCUGUAUGGCAUCCAUACAAUGAAAAGCUUAAAAUCGAGCAUUGUUCCACAGAUGAACAACUUCGAAAGCAAAAUGUUACUUCUGACUGCAUUCUGACUGUUGUCCAGAAAGCCUUAACCACUGGAGUAGAUACAGUACCUCAAAGCUUACUCUGUACAAAUAACUAUCCCUGCUGCUCAAAGAAUGCAAAUAAUAUUCCUUGCUCUCAAACAGUUCAUUCUGCACUAAAUCAAGGAACCAAGAAGAAAAAUAUUCUAGAGACAAGUGUGUGUGAAAUCAUUGAUAAGUGCCCACAUUUUGAUGUGACUACAAAAACUAUGAGAUGUUUACACGCUAAACCACUCGCUUCCCAAGGCAGCUGUUUAAACCUGACAUCAGGUAUACAAUGUGGGAAACUAAGUGGUAUGGAAUCUCAGGGAAACCUUGAUCAUAUCCUCAGGGAUCAUGUUGUUGAUCGUCACUUGAAACAUACUAAAUGUUCUAAAGAAAGUGAAACUAAUAACCCAACUCAUAGCAAAGGACUUUAUUUGUCACAGGGGGAAAGAUCAACAGUGGAUGAAAUUAUUGAAGAAGUAAUUUGGAAAUACUGCUAUAGAAAUUCUGAAUCUUCAGUAGGGAAGGAAGAGGACACCAUCUCAUCACUUAACAUCAACUCAGUUCUUGGCUGUACGGAGGAUUCAAGUCUAAGCUUUGACUGGGAUGUACAAAUUAAAUCUGAAGAGGAUCUCUCAAAGACAGACCUAAAAAAUGUGGAUGUACUCAAAGAUAAAAUUGUCAACAUUGAUGAAGAGUACAAGUCAAAGUUAAAAUCAGUUCUUGGUCCAUAUCCUGUUAAGGAGCCAGAGGGUAUAAAAGCAGAAAUUGAUGAAGAGGUUCUACCAGCACUGCCCCAUGUGCCUCCAUCUUUUGUUGGUAAAACAUGGUCACAAAUAAAAUAUGAAGAUGAUUUAAAAAUUGAAGCCCUUGUACAGCAGUUCAGAAAAGGAAAGUUCCAUUGCUACUUUGAAAGUGGAAGUAGCAGCAGGAAGUGCAAGAGAAAAUUUGAAAGUGAAGAAAAUGAAAUGAAGAUUUUACUUGAGACUAAUAAUUGGAAACUACCCAAAGAUGAUACUACACCACCAACAUUAAAUGACUUUUCUUAUGCAGACAAUGAUUCUGAUAUUCCCUCUGUGAAAUCAGAGAAAGUGGUAAAGACAGAAAUAAAAAUGCCUUGCAGAAGAAUUUGGAGACUUGCUUCAAGGUGCCAGAUAGUUAAGGUCAGUCAUGGAACCCAAACAAGUCUCGUAAAUUAUCCGGUAGUUCGAAAGAAAGUGAAUAAAAAUGAACUUGGACAACAUUCAGACCACGUUAUUUUUAAUGAUUUGGAAGGGGAAAUGACUCCAGACAUGCAAACUAGAAUGUGUGCUUUGAAACUUCCAGAAUCAUAUACCAAAAUUUUUACUCCAUUACAACCAAAGACAAUGGUGUAUGUUCUUUCACAUCCUGAUAUAAAAUGUUUUACUGGCAAACCAGCUUACAUUUUGAGGAGUGGCCGAAACCAGUACUCAACUGACAGCAGAGACUCUGCCAAUUAUAAAUAUAAGCAAUCUCCUCUUAAGUAUUAUGAUCCAUUAACCAAUCGAAUCCUUAAAACGCCUCCUAGAAAUUGUGUGAGGGGACACAGUAUUAAAGGCCCAUAUGUCCGUAAACUGUUCAAAAGUUUAAGUAGUGAGAGUAACGUUGAUAAAUUCGACUAUGGACUCAAAGAAACCACUUCCUCCAAAAAGUCUUUUAGUAGUUGUUCUGUUGCAUCUCUAUGUUUUGAAACCGCUAAAGUUAAGGAUUUAAACUCAAGUCUAACAGGAAGUGGAUCCUCUAUUGACACAGAAUAUUUUGACUGCCUAAAAUCUGAGCACCCUGACAAGCCAUAUGCUCAGUUUGCCCCUUGCAAAGCCAGUCAUACUAAGGUCAAGAGAGAUAUUCCAUUUGUUCCAUCAAUCACUAGGACUAUAAGAAAAACCUUGGGGCCAAAUAAGAAUGAGAUCAAGCAGAAAAUUGUCCAUUCCACAGCAAAUAUAAAACAAGUGGCAGAAACUAGGUGUCAUACAAAGUCCAAGCAUAAACAGUGUGGGAUGAUAAAAAAUGUAGGGAAAAUAGCGCAAAAGAAACUACCUAAAAUUAGAAAGCAACCUUUAAGAAAGGCUUCCUUGAGAUUUCUAAAAUAUGAUGUUCCUUCUGUUCAGGCAGUUCGGCCGAGGCAAAAGAAUGUGACAGGUCAGAAGAAAGAGUUACCAAGGCGACAUUUUAAUAGUAACACAGGUGUAAAGUCAAAAUGUAUUUCACGUAAGCCUUGCAAAAGAGAGUCAGACAUUUGUAAACCUGUGCUUAAAAAUGCUGGUCAAAGUAAAGCAGUUAAGAAGCCAUACGAAGAAGGAAAGGACAAAAAAUGUAGCAGAACCCGCAAUAAAACACUGAGAAUUGUACAGGAAACUUUGCCCCAUAUAGUAAACAAACCAAGACUAAGGACACAGCCUUCUCGAACAAGAGGUGAGAGUGAAUCAACUACAAGAAGAAGAGGAAGAAAAUAAGAAAAUAUGAAAAUAUAUUUUAUAUAUAUUUAUGUGUAAACAAUGUUUUAAUCACUGUGUUUUGGAGAACGGGUAUCAUGGUAACAUGUUUUUGUACACAUUUUAUAUUUGUUUAAUACAUUGUGGAAUAAUAUUGAAAAAGAUAAUGCAUUUGCUUACUCUUCAAAUGUACAUUCAUUAGAUAUACCUUUAACAGAGAUCUAUAUAAAUAGUUUUUGGCGUGCAGCUUUUCUAGCUGAAUUGGAUAUUACCAUUACAAGAGCUAGACAUUUAAAUAAUACUUUCUAAAUACCAACCGG